AUGAGCGAUGAUGUUCAUCAGCAACUUAUAAGAAAAAUAAAAAGGUCAAAGCUCUAUGCUCUUCAAUUAGAUGAGUCGACUGACAUUACUCAUAAAGCAUUGCUACUUAUUUAUAUUCGGUAUGUGGACUGGGACGAAAAAGAAAUCAAAGAAGAAUUCUUGAACUGCUUGGAACUGAAGAAACAUACAACUGGCGCUGAAAUUUUUUCUGCAUUGUCUGAUUGCUUCUUAAGUACAGAUUUAAAGAUGUCAGACUGUAUCUCAAUUUUUACUGAUGGCACGGCUAAUAUGACUGAGUAUUUCCCUUCAAAUCAAGACCCAAGAGAUGGUUUCUUAUGGAUUUUGGAUCCAUUCAGUGCCAAUAGCUCAACAAAUACUUUAUCAACGAAUGAAGAGGAUAUGUUGGCAGAUCUUUCCUCGGACGUCACGUUGAAAAACUUAAAAAACAAUUCAUCUCUAGAUAAAUUUUGGAUAGAAGUUCACAGCGAAUAUGAGGUAUUAAGUGAAAAGGCGUUGGGAGUCUUAUUUCCUUUUCCUUCAACAUACUUAUGUGAAAGUGGAUUCUCAGCAGUCACUGCAACCAAGACUAAAUAUCGAAAAAGAUUGAAUGUGACGCCGACACUAAGACUUUCAUUAACAAACCUUACUCCAGAUAUUGAUAACAUAUGCAGUCAUAUUCAAGCGCAACCAUUCCAUUAA